GCGGGUGAAGGGGAGGAGGGCAGCAAAACAAACUGCCAUGUGUGUACCUAUGCAAAUGUCUUGCAUGUUCUGCACAUGUACCCCAAAACCAAAAAUGCAAUAAAAAAGAAUCCAAAUAUAAUAAGAGAUUUUAUCUAGACUAUAUAAAGAACUCUUGUAAUUACAUUAUAAAAAGAUAAAUAACUCAAUUAAAAUGGGCAAAAAUCUAACACGAGAUUUCUUCAAGGUAGAGUGGCCAAUAGACACAUGAAAAGAUACUCAACAUCAUUAGUCAUAUGGGAAAUACAAAUCAAAAUUACAAGACACUAUUUCAUACCCACUAGAAUGGUUAUGAUCAAACAGAUGACAAAUAUUGGGAGAAUACAGAAAAAUUGGAAUCCUAAUACACCGUGGCUGGGAAUAUAAGGUGGUGUAGCCACUUUGUAAAACAGUCUUGGUAGUUCCUCAAAUAAACAUAGGAAUAUCACAUAAUCCAGAAAUUCCAUUCUUAAGAAAUGAAAAUGCCAGGUGUGGUGGCUCACUCUUGUAAUCCCAGCACUUUGGGAGGCUGAGGCUGGCAGAUCACCUGAGGUUGGGAGUUCCAGAACAGCCUGACAAACAUGGAGAAACCCCAUCACUACUAAAAAUACAACAUUAGCCAGGCAUGGUGGUGCAUGCCUUCAAUCCCAGCUACUUGGGAGGCUGUGGCAGGAGAAUUGCUUGAAUCUGGGAGGCGGAGGUUGUGGUGAGCCGAGAUUGUGCCAUUGCACUCAAGCCUGGGAAACAAGAGCACGAUUAGUCUCAAAAGAAAAAAAAGAGAGUGAGAGAAAGGGAAGAAAAGAUAAAAGAAAGAAAGGAAGAAAGAAAAAGAAAGAAAGGAAAAAAGGAAAAGGAUAAAAGAAAAAGAAAGAAAAAAGAAAGAGAGAGAGAGAAGCAAUGAAAACAAGACCGGGGUGGUAGUAAUCCUAGCACUUUGGGAGGUCGAGGUGAGCAGAUCACCUGAGGUCAGGAGUUUGAGACCAGCCUGGCCAACAUGGCAAAACCCCAUCUCCACUAAAAGUACAAAAAUACUAGGUGAGCAUGGUGACAGGCACCUGUAAUUCCAGCUACUUGGGAGGCUGAGGUAUAAGAAUCUCUUGAACCCCAGAGGCGGAGAUUGCAGAGAGCCGAGAUCAUACCACUACACUGCAGCCUUGGCGACAGAAACUGCAGUGUAGAGAGACUCAGUGUGAGAGACUCCAUCUAAAGAAAAAAGGAAAAAAAGAAAGAAAUGAAAACACCCGCAUAGACAUUUGUACAUGAAUGUGAAUGUCCAUAGCAACGUUAUUUAUAAUAGCCAAAAGGUGAAAACAAUCCAAAUGUCUAUAAGCAGUUGAAUUGAUAAUAGAAAUGUGAUAUUCUAUACAAUGGAAUAUUAUUUGGCCAAAAAUAGAAAUUAAAGAUUCAUACAUGCUACAACUUAGAUGAACUUCAAAAGCAUUAUGCUAAGAGAAAAAAGCCAGCCACAAAAGUCCACGUUAUAUUAUUCCAUAAUAUGGAAGUCCAGAAUAGGAAACUCUAUGGAGACAAGGAGUAGAUUAAUGGUUGCUUAGGCUCAGCACAGGAGGGAUGAGGGAAUUGUUGGGGGAUAAGGAGUAAUAGUUAAAAGAUACAGAGUUAUUUUGAGGUGAUUAAAAUGUUCUAAAUUGGGAUGAAUGCACAACUCUGAAUAUAUCAUAAACCAUUAAAUCAUAUAUUUUAUUUAUUUGUUUGUUUAUUUAUUUAUGCAUUUAUUUAUUUUUGAGAUGGAGUCUCAUUUUGUCACCCAGGCUGAAGUACAUUAGUGCGAUCUCCACUCACUACAACCUCCACCUCCCGGGUUCAAGUGAUUUUCCUGCCUCAGCCUCCCAAGAUAUCUUUUGUAUUUUUAGUAGAGAUCGGGCUUCAUUAUGCUGGCCAGGCUGGCCUCAAACUCCUGACUUUGUCAUCAACCCACCUCAGCUCCCGAAAGUGAUAGGAUUACAGGCCUAAGUCACCACUCCUGACUUGAAUCAUGUAUUUCAAAUAGGUAGAUUGCACUUUUAAAAUGUUCAUGGGUAUAUAGUAGGUUCACAUAUUUAAGGGUGUAUUGUAUUUUUUAAAAUAUAUUUCAGUAUAUCUUCUUUUUAAGUAGAAUAAAACGAAAUUAUUCUUGUAAUGAUAAAAACCAAUUCAAAAACAGUGGCGGGCCCGACCCUGAGAUCUACCUAUCUGGGAAAUGAUUUUCCAAUAAUUUGAAAGUUGUGAAAACUCAGUCCUCAGAGCUAGGUGAUAAUGAGGAAUUAAAUUGCUCUCUAGUAAGGCAUUAGGUAACCUUCCUCUUUAGAACUACUACUGACUGCAGUGAUGCAGUGUCUACCCAGUGUCUGUAACAUGUAGAAUGACAAAUAUGUGCUUGUGAAAUUGUUCCCAUGUCACGUCAGAAACAGUUUGCUCGUGAUAUUUUGGGCUAGAUGAUUCAAAUAGGAAAGAAACAUUUUGUUCCUAAGUGUAUAUUUCACCUCAAAUUAAAUGUUAAUUUCAAUUAAAAUAUUUUGUUUAAUCACUAACAACAGCAUUAAACAGUCAAUAACAUGUGACUGUUUGCUCCUUCUACUCCUCCCUUGCAACAUCACAGAGGUCCGUCUGUUCACACAAAACCCACAUGAAAAUAGGACUCACUGUUUCAUAUUGCAUAGCUUAUUCAGUACAUUUAGAAGAAUUUUGCCUCCAAAAUUAAACCAGAAAAUAUGACUCAGUUAGAACGCAUGGUGGCGCUGCAGGCUAAGAUGAUGGAAAAUACAAUUGCCUACCCAGCUCCCAGAUCCAGCAAACGGUUUCCCAAAGCCUGGAAGCAAAAGAGAAGCUGAGCCAGAGCAAACGCGAGUGUGAAACCUCUUUAAGACACCGUUGAGCUGCUUGCUUCUGACAUUCCGGACUGCAAAACCGUGCUACUAGGAUCCUGGGGAUACAUGAAGCUUCUGUGAACCAACUUUUCAAGAAAGAGCAAUGGAGACUGGAUGGAUGCACAAUCGGAGACACAGGCAAGUCCUUGUUUUCUUUGUUUUGCUGAGCUUGUCUGGGGCGGGCGCCGAGUUGGGGCCCUAUUCCACUGUGGAAGAAACCGAGAGAGGCUCUUUUGUGGCAAACCUAGGGAAAGACCUGGGUUUGGGGUUGACAGAGAUGUCCAGCCGCGGGACCAGGAUCAUUUCCCAGGGGAACAAACAGCAUUUGCAGCUCAAGGUUCAAACUGGAGAUUUGCUCAUAAAUGAGAAGCUAGAUCGAGAGGAGCUAUGCGGUCCCAUUGAGCCUUGUAUACUACAUUUCCAAGUGUUAAUGGAAAAACCCUUAGAAAUAUUUCAGGCUGAACUGAGGGUGAUAGAUACAAAUGACCAUUCUCCCGUGUUCACUGAAAAGGAAGUGGUUCUAAAACUACCGGAAAAUACUCCUCUAGGAACUGAGUUCCCCCUGAAUCAUGCUGUGGACAUGGACGUAGGAAGUAAUAAUGUUCAAAACUAUAAAAUCAGCCCAAAUUCCCAUUUCCGGGUUCUAACCAGAGAACGCAAUGAUGGCAGGAAAUAUCCUGAGCUAGUGUUGGAUAAAGAGCUGGAUCGGGAGGAGGAGCCUCAACUGAGAUUAACCCUGACAGCGCUGGAUGGGGGUUCUCCGCCGCGAUCUGGAACCACCCAGGUCCGCAUUGAAGUGGUGGACAGCAACGAUAACGCACCUGAGUUUGAGCAGCCCAUCUACAAAGUGCAGAUUCCAGAGAACAGCCCCCUUGGCUCCCUGGUUGCCACCGUCUCCGCCAGGGAUUUAGACAGCGGAGCCAAUGGGAAAAUAUCAUACACACUCUUUCAACCUUCGGAGGAUAUCAGUAAGACUUUGGAGGUAAAUCCUAUGACAGGGGAAAUUCGACUGAGAAAACAAUUAGAUUUUGAAACGACUAUGUCUUAUGAAGUGGACAUCAAGGCCACAGAUGGGGGAGGUCUUUCAGGAAAGUGUACUCUUCUCCUGCAAGUGGUGGACGUGAAUGACAAUCCUCCACAGGUGACCAUGUCUGCACUCACCAGCCCCAUCCCAGAGAACUCGCCUGAGAUUGUAGUUGCUGUUUUCAGCGUUUCAGAUCCCGACUCCGGGAACAAUGGGAAGACGAUUUCCUCCAUCCAGGAAGACCUUCCCUUUCUUCUAAAACCCUCAGUCAAGAACUUUUACACCUUGGUAACGGAGAGAGCACUAGACAGAGAAGCAAAAGCUGAAUAUAACAUCACUGUCACAGUCACAGAUAUGGGGACUCCAAGGCUGCAAACGGAGUACAGCGUAACAGUGCAGAUAUCGGAUGUCAAUGACAAUGUCCCCGCCUUCACCCAAACCUCCUACACCCUGUUCGUCAGGGAGAACAACAGCCCCGCCCUGCACAUCGGCAGCGUCAGCGCCACAGACAGAGACUCAGGCACCAACGCACAGGUCACCUACUCGCUGCUGCCGCCCCAGGACACGCACUUGGCCCUCGCCUCUCUGGUCUCCAUCAACGCGGACAACGGACACCUGUUCGCCCUCCGGUCGCUGGACUACGAGGCCCUGCAGGCGUUCGAGUUCCGCGUGGGCGCCACAGACCGCGGCUCCCCGGCGCUGAGCAGCGAGGCGCUGGUGCGCGUGCUGGUGCUGGACGCCAACGACAACUCGCCCUUCGUGCUGUACCCGCUGCAGAACGGCUCCGCGCCCUGCACCGAGCUGGUGCCCCGGGUGGCCGAGCCGGGCUACCUGGUGACCAAGGUGGUGGCGGUGGACGGCGACUCGGGCCAGAACGCCUGGCUGUCGUUCCAGCUGCUCAAGGCCACGGAGCCCGGGCUGUUCGGCGUGUGGGCGCACAAUGGCGAGGUGCGCACCGCCAGGCUGCUGAGCGAGCGCGACGCGGCCAAGCACAGGCUGCUGGUGCUGGUCAAGGACAAUGGCGAGCCUCCGCGCUCCGCCACCGCCACGCUGCACGUGCUCCUGGUGGACGGCUUCUCCCAGCCCUACCUGCCGCUCCCGGAGGCGGCCCCGGCCCAGGCCCAGGCCGACUCGCUCACCGUCUACCUGGUGGUGGCGUUGGCCUCGGUGUCGUCGCUCUUCCUGUUCUCGGUGCUCCUGUUCGUGGCGGUGCGACUGUGCAGGAGGAACAGGGCGGCCUCAGUGGGUGGCUGCUCGGUGCCCGAGGGCCCGUUUCCAGGGCAUCUGGUGGACGUGAGCGGCACCGGAACCCUGUCUCAGAGCUACCAGUACGAGGUGUGUCUGGCGGGAGCUUCUGGGACCAAUGAGUUCAAGUUUCUGAAACCAAUACUACCCAAUAUUCAGGACCAAUCCCCUGUGCCAGAAAUGAAGGAAAACUCUAACUUUAGGAAUGACUUUGGUUUCAGCAUUCAACUAAAAUAAUCAGUUUCAAGGUGUAUAUUUUAAUGUUUAUAGUAAAUUUAGAGUAUGGUUUUUCUGUCAACCUAGUGUAAAUUAUAAAUUAUGCUAAACUUUCCUAUGGGACUUCCCAUGUUGUCGCUGUUUUAAAUGUGGUAUGUCAUCUUUUCUUCAUUAGUAUACCAAUUUGAAUAGUUCUAAAUCUUGCCAAUCAAAACACUGAUCAGGUAAAUGGCUGUACAAAUACUAGUUCUGGAGUAGUUUGGGGGAAUAGAAGCGGGAAAAUCUGAGAAAUUGGUUCUACAUAAUCAGUUGUAGUUCCUUGUCUAUUUGCUUAUCAGUUGUUAAUCCAUUAAGUGUAUACAGAACAGUAAUGCACUAAGGUUGCAGUGAAGUCUGAUCAGGAAGGAAAGAAAGCUAGUACAGUGCGAAUAUCUGACUCCUACUUUAUUAUGCCCUCAUACUACUUACCCUCUUUGAUGCUGUUUUCUCUUAAAAUGUUAUAUAAUUUUCCUCCCUUCCAUGAAUAUAUUAGCACUUGUUUUAAUAUAACUAUUUUUAAUUGCUUUAUGUAUUUGUGUUGUUCAAUAAGAGGAAACUUUCACCAUAUUUAUUUAGUGAGAUAAAGUAGCGUGGUAAUGAAGUUAGCUUUUCCCCUUGGAGAAAUAUUGACCAUCUUUGAUGGAAUUUCAGUGGCCUCUCAUAUCCAUGUAUCUUUUCUUCUUUAAUGACAGAUCUCAGAUUUCAUUUAGGGCAUCAGUUUGCUUAGUGAAAACAAUACAUUUUCAAGCCUGGGAAACUGAACUUAUGACUGGGUUGUGGCCAUGAGAUGUAUGCACAAGUAUUAUACUGACCUCCACGAACACUGUUUAAAGGGAGAUAAUUCAUCGAGGAAGGGGGUCCCCUUUUUCCUUCUCUAAGUGCUCCUUCUGGCCUGGAAUCUGUAUGUCCUGACUAGUGCCACAGUCUUCUUGGACCCUAAUGAUUGAAACAUUAAGGAUUAAGAUAGUAAAAAAUAAACUUAAAAGAGUUGUCAUGUCA